GGAUGAACUGAGCGCCGGAAGUGCUUUUCCUCAGCGUGAUCCGCUUUUGCUACAGCGGGAGCAAAUCAAAUAUCUGCACGACAAUACUCUUAACUGACGGACAUGAGUUUAUUCGGGACGAAUACGGGUUUUGGGCCCGGGGGAACAGGUGUAUUUGGCAGCACCACCACAGAUAGUCAUAACCCAAUGAAGGAUGUUGAAGUAACAUCACCACCCGAUGACAGCAUUAGCUGUUUGGCGUUCAGUCCUCCUACAAUGCCUGGAAACUUUCUCAUCGGAGGCUCUUGGGCCAAUGACGUGCGGUGCUGGGAGGUUCAAGAUAAUGGGCAAACUGUCCCAAAAGCCCAGCAGAUGCACACAGGCCCAGUGCUGGAUGUGUGCUGGAGUGAUGAUGGAAGUAAAGUCUUUACAGCCUCAUGUGAUAAAACUGCUAAGAUGUGGGAUCUGAACAGCAAUCAGGCUAUCCAGAUAGCACAGCAUGAUGGCCCAAUCAGGACAAUUCACUGGAUAAAAGCCCCAAACUACAGCUGUAUAAUGAGUGGCAGCUGGGACAAAACACUGAAGUUUUGGGAUACGCGUUCCCCAAACCCAAUGAUGUCACUGCAGAUGCCAGAGAGGUGUUACUGUGCAGAUGUGGUAUAUCCUAUGGCUGUAGUGGCCACUGCAGAACGAGGCCUUAUCGUUUACCAGUUGGAAAAUCAGCCCUCAGAGUUUCGCCGCAUAGAUUCGCCACUGAAGCAUCAGCACCGCUGUGUGGCUAUCUUUAAGGACAAGCAGAGUAAACCUACUGGUUUUGCACUGGGCAGCAUUGAAGGACGAGUUGCCAUUCACUACAUAAACCCACCUAACCCAGCCAAGGACAAUUUCACCUUUAAGUGCCACAGGUCCAAUGGAACCAACACUGCCACACCCCAAGAUAUUUAUGCUGUAAACGCUAUCUCCUUCCACCCUGUCCAUGGCACUCUGGCGACAGUAGGCUCUGAUGGGCGCUUUAGUUUCUGGGAUAAAGAUGCUCGCACUAAGCUGAAGACCUCUGAACAAUUGGAUCAACCAAUAACAGCAUGUUGCUUCAAUAACAAUGGGAACAUAUUUGCCUAUGCCUCCAGUUAUGACUGGUCUAAGGGACACGAGUACUACAAUUCCCAGAAAAAGAAUUACAUCUUCUUGAGGAACGCGGCUGAGGAGCUGAAGCCACGAAAUAAGAAAUGAACCGUCAAGCUUCAUCACAUCUUGGAAGACCUGCAUUAGUGGGUAAAAAAGAAAGAGAGACCCCAUUUGGCUAACACCUGGACCAAUGGCGUGGCAAUGAAUAUAUUUUAUGGACCAAUCAGAAGGGGCCAACUGCUAAUAAGCAAUGGUGACGUGAGCAGUGGCUUUUCAGAUGACUAAGGAAACUAUGCUUUGGUGUUCUUGUUGUAAUUUAAUGUACCUUUUUCUUUCUUCUUGAAGUUAUUACUUGCAGCUGUUUUUUUUAUACCACCUUCCAAACAAAAUGCAUUUUCACCUCGAUUUUGCUUUCUCUGCUUGGUCUAGAAUCAGAUUGCUUGUGAAAACAAUUAUAAUAAAUGUAUCCAAAGCUUUCACUGCA